AUGUUGUCGUCUUCGUCAACCAAACCAACCAUGUCAUUUUCUUGUCAUGGCGAUGUUUACUUUACUAACAAUCAAAUCGAAGUAACUUACGCGAUUUCUGCAUUAUAAGUAUUAAAAAAUAAGUUAUGAAUGGUGACACAUUAACAAUUGUUUACCGUAGGAUUUAUUAGUCCUAAAAUGGAGGAUUUAAAAGAAGAAAAUAUUUUGAAUGAUGAGAAUCCUAAUCAAAAAGUUAGUAGUGACAAUGCAAAUCAAAAUUUAAUAGUGUUGUAUGAAGAUACAGACCAAACGUUAUCUAAUGAAACACCAAAUCGCAUAAUCAAUGUCGAUGAUUCUAAAAAAUCUUCAAGUAUGGAAGAUGAUGGGCUCACAGGACUUAGUGAGAUUCAACAGGCUCAAAAUAAAAAUGUUUACACCAAUCAAACAUGUCCAAAUACUGAUUCAAGUGGGAAUGAGAAUGCUUUAGAAAGUGUUUGUGACAAAGCGGUCUCAGUUGGUAAUGUCCAAGAAAUGUUACCUACUCAUAGAAAUUAUGAUAAUGAAGAAGUCAAACACAUUGAAACCAUCAAGAAGAAACUAUUGUAUGAAAUUGAGAGCUUAACCAAAGAAAAACAAACAAUGGAAAGAGAAGUCAUAAAGCUUCGUCAAACUUUCAAUAAUGAAAAAGGUGAAAAAUCAUCUGAAAUCAGCAAGUUGCAAAACAUGUUGAUGAUCUUGAAGCAAGACAAGUUCCGCUUGGCCUCAGACAUUGCUAGUUACCAUCGAGAUAUGGAAAGGUGGCUAACGACAGUUAAAGAGGAUGUUCAGCAAUCUUUUCGGUCACUUGAAGGGCAGCUUCAAAGAGAUUGCCAGGAAAAGAGGGAACUUCUCUCAGAAAUGACCAGCAUGAAUGAGGAGUUGAACAGACGAGGUGAAACUAUCUCUUCGCUGAAGGAAGUGGUGUCCAUGUACGAGAAGAAAGUCAGUGAGCUGAACAAUCAGCAAAACUGCGACCUCAGUACCAUCAAACAGUUGAGAGACGAUCUGGCCGACAGGAACCAGCAACUGCAAGAACUCACCAACCAACAGGAGGCCAACAGUAAUACGAUGAGCCAGUUGCGAGAUGAGUUGAGUAACGCUUCAGCUCGACUGCAGGAUCUGGACAGUCAACAAAACGUGAGCAACAAUACAAUCAAACAGCUGAGAGAUCAGCUCAGUGCUGCCAACAACACAGUGAGUGAACUGGAGACUGAGGUGUCUAGACUGAGAGAACACCAAGGAGGAGACACUGAUCAUCUCAGCACCAGCACAGUAAGUCGAGUAGAGGAGUCUGGCAGGUUGAGGGACGUUGAGGACAGCUUCGAGGAUCGUUACUGCAAGCUUAAAGUAGUGGCAGCAAAGUUGAAGAAACGAGCAACUGAGACGCAGCAGACGUUAGACAAUGAGCGACAGAAGUGGACAACGGAGAGAACAGAAAUGGUCAACAAAAUGAACCAGUUGACUGCAUCAGCUCGGAAUAUGCAGACGCUGCAGCAAGAGCUGGAUCGACUGGCAGACGACCUGGAAGCCGAGCGUAAAGAGGUAAAGGUUCUGAGGAAGGCUGCGACAGACGCCAAGACCUCAGAGGUUAACCUCAAGGUUAAACUGGAGGAGGCUCAGACCAACAUUGAGAUACUCAAGACUAACCUUGAUCUGGCCAUCAAAGAACGGGAUAGCAUUGCCCAAACUCUGGCUGUCAAGGAAGCAGAACUGGAGACAGCUGUGAAGGAGAAAGUUGCUGAGGAACUGAUAAGGAAGGAGAAGGCGAAGGAGGUCACAGAACUAAAGGAGAGAUUGAAGGAGGAGCAAGACAAGAUGGCCACCAUGCAGAAGACUGUGGAAUCUGCCAAACUGGAGGCGAGGAAACAGGGUGUUUUGUCCCUGGAAAUACAGAACUAUGAGAAGAGCCUGUCAGAGUUGGAUGCACAGCUGGGAGCUGAGCGAGGCAGAGUGUCUAGCCUGGAGGCUGAGGUACAGACUCUCCAGGACAUCCGGGACUCCCUACAGGAGCAAAUCAGACUACUGGAGGACAGAGUGACUACAGAGGACAACAGGUGUCAACAGGCUCAGGAGGAGCUGAGCCGCACUCGAGCCACACUCCAUCAAUGUGAGGAGAACAUGGUGGAACUAGAGCGCCGUGCAGGACAGCUAAGCGCACAGUUGGAGAGUGAACGCGCCAGCGCUGAGGCAGCCACACUCGAGUUGGCAUCAUUGUCGUCCGCAGUGCAGACCAACACGGACAUCAUGCUGAAGGAGAAGCAAGAGUUGUCCCAGCAGGUGGCAAGUCUGGACUCACAUGUGGCAACACUGACCAGCACACUGCAGACCAGGGAGGAGGAGUUGGCAGCAGUGCGGGCAGACUUUGACAAGUACAAGGUACGAGCGGCGAGUGUGCUGCGGAAACAUCAGAGCUCGGCUGCUAGUCAGGCGGAGACAGACGCUAUACAACGAGCGGAGGAACUGCGCCAGCUCAACCAGACACUGAAGGCCAAACUGGAUGAAACUGCGACGCGCAUAGACAAGCUGCAGGGCGAGCUAGUGUCAGCCAAUCAUGAGAGAGAGGCUGCUGAGACGCGAUGUGUCAACCUCAACAUUGCUCUGAAUGACAAGACCAAACAGCUGGAGAGGGCUGUCGCUGAACACCGUUCACAGAAACUCAGUCUGGACACUCUAGUCCAGUGUUACAAGAGUCAAUUGGAGGAGAAGGAGAAGAGUUUGCAGGAGCAGUUGGCGUCCCUGACCAAGGAACUGGAGGGAGUCAGAUGUCAGCUGCGGGAGCGUAGCUUGACAGAGGAGCCGGAGACUGCAGCAGUGGCGGAGGAGCUCCCUGUAGUUGUUGGCGGGGGGGCCGGAAUCCGACAAGAGCCCCCGCUGCUAGAGAGAGAAGACGGAGAGGGUUCGGAGUACAUCCCAGAGUAUUCGCCUAGCAACACCCCUCCCCCCAUCUCUCCUAAGCCGCUGCUACCACUGGACAAACUGUUGGAAUCCAAUGACAAUCUCCACGGAGAGAGGGAGUUGGAGGCAGAGUUGGCUCAGUUGAGAUCUGAGCUGGAGCACAGUCGUGUGAGAGCCCAGCACCAGGCAGCACUGCUAGCUGACACUGAGCAGGACGCUGCCCGUAAAGACCACCUCAUAGCUGUGCUGAAGCAGGAGAUAGGACGACUGGAGCGAUGCAUCCAGCGGCAGCCUCACGCCAAAAACACUGAGUACUUGAAGAAUAUCGUUUUCAAGUUUGUUACCCUGGAGGUGGGAGAAGACAGGAUGAGAUUGGUUCCUGUCAUCACUACGUUGCUACAACUCAGUCCUGAAGAAACCCAACAGCUCACCACUAUAGCCAAAGGACAAAGCCCUGAAGGUGGAGGGGGGUGGAGCAGCUACUUGCCUGUGUGGAGAUAAGAACAAGAACAUUCCCAUCGCAUGAUUAUUCGUCUGUGCCUUAGUUGCUGUGCUUGUGAUAACCGGUUCAUAGGUGAACUGUGGUAGUUCUCACGAUUUAGAUUUGCUACUUAUGUAGUUUUUCCUUCAAUACCAUUUUUAAAUAUUCCAAAUAAUGUUUCCUAAUGUAAAGUUAUUAUUAACGGACACGUUGUAAAUGAAAGUUUGUUAAACGCUCAUUUAAAUUGUAAAAUGUUGAGCAUUAAUAUUAUUUGUAAAUAGUUUUAUUGUAGGCCUACACAUUAAGAGCAUAAAUACACAAAUAGUAUUAA